AUGUGGCCAGAUUGGAGUUUGUGGAACGAAACCGAUCGCAGUGGCCUUAUAAUGGAUGUGCCAACCACCUCCGACGAACGAAGGUUCUACGAGAGCUGUGAUCCCAUACAAUAUUCCAGUCAUAACGUUACGACUUUUGUGUAUCAACAACUGGGAGAGCGGUGUGUCACGGUAAGGAGGAAUAUGACAAAUCUUUUGGGAUUUUUUGAAUGUUUGGUCUUUUUUAUAAUUAAAGGUGGCACAAAAAAUGGCAACGUUUUUAAUGGGCCUGGCCUUUUUAUGAAAACUUUUUUUAUGGGUCCUGCCGCGAAAACCGUUAGGUGUUACCAAAUGAUUUUUCUAAUGUUAAAUUCUCCGUGCUUUUCUGCCCUAGGCGGUUGAUUUUCAUGACCAAAACGACCAUGGUUUUAAGAUAUUCAAGGCUUGUUGUUCGACAGGGUCACUGCUUUUUUUGAUGGUUAUUUUAGGCCGGAUCAGAGUUUUACCUGCAAUUUAAUUUGUCGUUCUUCAAGCUCGUAUUUUAAAAUUCUGUAAGAACUUUUUCAGACACUUUUUUUAUACUAUCCAUAACAAAUCCUACUAUUAAAAAAUCUUGUUGUCUCACUGCCGCCACUUUUGUUCUCAGAAAUCUGUCUGAUGUUGUCUUACCUCGAACUCCCCCAAGAUAUUUCCUCACCCAUCAAUUAGGAUCUCAAUCUUCUAAUUCACACGUUUUCAGCCGGCCGUCACGUUUCCUACCGUAGUCAUUUAUGGGAUGAUUUUGCUACUCGGUUUCGUUGGCAACCUCUGCACUUGUAUUGUCAUCGCGACGAACAAGAGCAUGCAUAAUCCCACAAACUACUAUCUCUUUAAUCUCGCCGUCUCCGAUCUCCUCAUGCUCAUUUUGGGUAAGAUAUCAGAGGUGGUAGACUUGAUAGAAAAUGAUGAUGUUUAAAACACGAUUUCUGACUCGGUGAAUUAGCCGUGGACAUAGGAAUUUUUCGAUUUUGAGAUUUACAGCUGGAUAUGUCCGCACCCAUCAUAUAAGUGUGUUCCUGAAGCCUUUUGCCCUAAUUCUCCCGUUAACCUAAAUUUAUUUACAAUUUAAGAAAUUUACAGUAACGUCAAAUAACCCAAAAUCGAGAAGACGUAGAGCCGAAAAACUGUGGCCAUGUAUGUUUUUGGGCACUGGGAAUCCAAUGGAGGUGAUUUGGGAUCGAAAGGAUUACUGUAACAUAGCAAACUUACGCUUCGGCCGCACAAAAUCGGCCGUAAAAAAGUUGUUUCUAAAAACCCACAGCUGAAUUUUUGAUAUGUUAAUCAGCAUAAAAUUCUGCCCUAGAAACAUUCAAAAAAAGUCCAAAAAUCCGUGUUGCUAUUUUCGUGGUAUAGUGGAUUUUGACAAAAUCUACCAAUCUGACGUCCCGGGUUCGAGUCCGGGUGGGCGCAAAUCACUGAGAAUUGGUCGGGAAUGACUUCAAUGAAGGGAAUAUAUAAGCUUGAGUUUAUUUUAGGUGAUUUUGAUAAGAUUCUGACAGUUUUCAGAUUUUUUUUGCCUAAAAAAGCCGAAAAUACAACUUUUUGACAAAUCGUAUUUUACACUGCUUUUUUGUGUUCAUGACACAAUAAGAAUGUAUAUGUAGUGUUUGUAAGGUGUCUCCAACAAGUAGAAACCAUUUCCUGAGUAUUUGGACAUUAUACUUGGUAUCUGUUAAUCUUGCCUCAUACAGACAUCUGUGGGAACUAUAAUCUUGGCUAGUGACAACGUAAUUCACUGCUUUGUGACCAUACUUCACAUUUUUUUCAGAAAACGGUUCAUUAUUGAAGUGAUUUUCUUCUAUAGAACAAUUGAUGAAACGCGGAGAAAAUUUCAUUUUCAAACUAGAUUUCUUGUGGUUACCCGCCAAAUAAUUGAAAUUUUAUGCUAGUUAUACCAUUUACGGACAAUUUGGCAAGUCAGAGCAAAAGAAAGUGCAAUCUGGAAGAUCUAUCCACUUCCUGCUUAUCAGGUGUCAAGUACAACAUUAAACAAAUUUUUUAACGGGUGGGAUUGUCGAAGAACCCCUUAAAAUUGUUACAUAUAAGUUUUUAUUGUGUCAUGAACACAAAAAAACAGUGUAAAAUACGAUUUGUCAAAAAGUUGUAUUUUCGGCUUUUUUCCACCAAAAAAUCUGAAAACUCUUCAGAAUCUUAUAAAAAUCACCUAAAAUAAACUCAAGCUUAUAUAUUCUCUCCAUUGAAGUCAUUCCCGACCAAUUCUCAGUGAUUUGCGCCCACCCGGACUCGAACCCGGGACGUCAGAUUGGUAGAUUUUGUCAAAAUCCACUAUACCACGAAAAUAGCAACACGGAUUUUUGGACUUUUUUUGAAUGUUUCUAGGGCAGAAUUUUAUGCUGAUUAACAUAUCAAAAAUUCAGCUGUGGGUUUUUAGAAACAACUUUUUUACGGCCGAUUUUGUGCGGCCGAAGCGUAAGUUUGCUAUGUUACAGUAAUCCUUUCGAUCCCAAAUCACCUCCAUUGGAUUCCCAGUGCCCAAAAACAUAUAUGGUAACAAUUUUACGGCUCAGUAUCUUCUCAAUUUUGAGUUAUUUGACGUUACUGUAAAUUGCUUAAAUUGUAAAUAAAACAAGGUUAACGGGAGAAUUAGGGCAAAAGGCUUCAGGAACACACUUAUAUGAUGGGUGCGGACAUAUCCAGCUGUAAAUCUCAAAAUCGAAAAUUUCCUAUGUCCCGGCCUUGCACACGGCUGAUUCAGUGAGUCAGAAAUCGUGUUUUAAAUGAUACUUAAUGUUGUUUUUGGCUGCAAAAUUUUAAUUUAUGACAUUGAAAAAAUUUUAAGAUAUCAAGAUCACUAAAAAUUCGCAUAUUUCAAAAAAAAUUUUGUUGAAAAAAUAUCAUACCUUAAAUUUUUUUAAAUAAAAAAAAUAUUCAACACUUUUAUGCAAAUUUCCUAUAUUAAAAAUGAAAAUUUUAAUAUCCAAAUUUGCAGGUCUCCCUAUGGAAUUAUGGGGUGUUUUUGACGUUGUGUACCCAUAUCGUUUCAAUGCAUUCUUCUGCAAAUCCAGGGCAUUCCUAAUCGAAUUUACAAGCUGUGCCUCAGUAUUAACGAUGACGUGUUUUUCCAUUGAACGGUGGCUGGCAAUAUGGUAAGUGGAGACAUUUUGAUUUCACUGAGACUUGACCACAAUUUGGUACAGAAAUGAAACGCAACAGAGCUUUUUAGCUUGAUGCUUCUGAAAGAACCGUCAUUUUGGGUCAACACAGUUGAUGUUUUUUCUGUAAUAUUAUACUUAUUUUUUUCGGAUAUGAAAAAUUGGGGGUCUAUUCGAGCCCAAGUGAAUAAUGUUUCCACAAAAAAGCAAUUUUUUGUGGCACUUUUUGUGUUCGAAGAGUUAUUCCCAAAAAACAAUUCUUUUUUGUCUGAUCGACCCUCCUCAUUUUAUGUACUCUCGCGAAAAAGAAAAAAAUCGUUGAUUUCCUCGGCUUUUCUUGAAGACCGGACUCUAAAAUUGUUUGUGAAAAAAUAUUCGUAUAUCUUGACUGGCCUACUUGGCCUAUGUGAAAUUUCCAAAAAACUUUUUCACAAAUUUUCCAAAACUCUUUUCCUCUUAAAAAUUUCUGAUCACACCCUGUUUCAACCAUCAAAAUUUCAUUUUCAGCUACCCUCUCAAGCACAAGAGCUUCUCCUCCUGUUACCGCGCCACAAUCGCCAUAAUUGGAGUGUGGAUUCUCUCCUUUGUGAUGGCCUCUCCAGUCCUUCAGAUCGUCGUGAUAAACAAGCUCCGAAUUCCGUUCGAAUCGCUGACUGAUCCGUCUUGGCUGCAUCCCAGCAUCACGUCGGAUGGGCAUACAAUUAUUGGCACGGAUUUUUGCGCCAUGGACUUUGACGAUCAUUUGUCCCAAAUGAUUUUUAUUCUCGGCGCCUUCUUUGGGUUCUUCAUUUUCCCGGCCGUUGUGAUUACUGUUCUGUAUGCGCAUAUUAUGACGACGAUCCGGAAAUCGGACCAGUAUUUAACGACGGACCAGCAACAGAAUGCGAGGAAUAAGAAAAUCAUCAAAAUGUUGCGUAAGUUUUUUUGGAAUUUUUUUUUUUUUUUUGUAUGGCCAAAAUUGGUUUUAAAGAUCGUUCAAUAUCUUGGCUACCCCUAAAAAUCGUGAGCUAAAAUUUUUAGGAGUAUGCAAUAAAAUACGAGUAGAAAUUUGAUUGUCUAUUUUUUUCACUUUCCGUUUUCCAUUUCCUGUAAAAUUUCGGUUCUCUGGGACCACAUUAAAAACCCAAAAAAUGGAAGCUUACUAGCCCGACUUGUUUGCGCUACAACUCUUCUGUCCUACACAAAAAUAUUAAAGAAUUUUUUUGUUGAAGCUAUUGCUACAGUACUCUGUUAAAACCAGAGAAAAAGUCUGUUUUGUGUCGUUACCAUGGUUGUUACACUAAAAAAUUUUUCGCAAAAACAUUUCUCGGCUGAAUCUCACAAUCAGAAAAAUCGUUGACAGUUUUUGCCAGUCGAAGGUUGAAGCUUUUAUCGAUAAAUUUUUUGCCUAAUAAAUGCCAGCGGCUAAAAAAUUAGACAACUUUUCCGACAAUAUCUGGGGCAAGGCGGCUUUGAAAAUCUUCAUUGUCCCAAAACCACCUUUCACGGCAUUUUUAAAACAUAUUUCUUUCAGUAGCAGUCGUUGUGACCUUCUUCAUUUGCUGGACGCCCUUUCAUCUGCAACGAAUUCUCGCCAUCUACGUGACGAAUCUGAAUCCAACUCCAUCCGAGGCCCUCACCAAGCUCUACAAUUACAUCUUCUACUGUUCCGGCUACUUCUACUACUCCAACUCGGCGUUGAAUCCGGUGCUCUACAACAUCAUGUCGACGCGUUAUCGGCGCGCCUUCAAGAACACGAUAAUGUUCCCAUUCCCGAGCUGCAAAGACCGGAUUAUGGUCAAGGCGAAUUCGUUGUCGAAGCCGCGGAGUUCGGUGAGUCGGAUGUCAACGUUCCGGUUCAGCAUGGACCGGGGGAUAAAUCGGCAUCACAAAACGAACAGCAGCGAAGACACGAGGAGCACUUUGAUUCGCCAUGGGACGAAUGGAAGUCAGAAGGUUGUGUUGGCCAAGGUUAUAACGACGGACGCUCCGUAG